UUUGUGUUGCUGACGAGACGCUGGUGGAGAUGCGGAAGUAGACGGUUGUAACAAUUAGCCACCUUGCUAGCUAAUUAUUUACUUAACUGAAGAUUUACUUGAUAAAGACAACGAUAAAUAGGUCCUGAAUUGAAUGAUAUAUCCUUUGAUACGUAUUUGUUGGUGAAACCUACAUAUUUCCUCGCUCAACCAGGAGGGAAUUUGAAAACAAUCGAACGUGUGUAGGAGGAAGGUCCUGAUGGCAGACCACACUGAUGUCAGCCUGCCCCCCGAGGACCGUGUCCGGGCCCUGACCAAGAAGGGCAGCUCUGUGGACGUGAACGAGGACGUUCCUCCCCGGAGGUACUUCAGGUCAGGCGUGGAGAUGAUCCGAAUGGCCAACACCUACACCGAGGAGGGCAACGCCGAGCACGCCUUCGUACUCUACAAUAAGUACAUCACGCUCUUCAUUGAGAAGCUUCCUAAACAUAGAGAUUACAAAACAGCCAGCGUUCCAGAGAAGAAGGACACCUUGAAGAGGCUGAAGGAGGUGGCCUUCCCUCAAGCAGAGGUGCUGAAGAAGGCUCUUCUCAAGAUAUAUGAGCAGGAGCAUGCACAGUAUCUCAUCAAAAAGAAAGCGGAGGAGGCAGCCUUGGCGCAGCAGCAGUCGAAGCAGCAGGCGCUAGAAGCAGAGCGGGAGCGCGUGGUGGAACUGCAGCGACGCCAACGGGAACAAGAGCAGUUCAGCGCCUUCGAGGAGAUGAUCAGACGGCAGGAGCUGGAGAAGGAGAGGCAUCGUAUCCUUCAGGAGUUUCAUGCUCCUGGGACCCCUCCCCCCAAUGCACCCCUCCUCCCAGGGAUCCAGGGCCCCCCUCUGCCCCUGGCCGUGUCCCCCACCCCCCCUCAGAGCCCUGGGGACAGCGCCGGCCAGGUCAGACCGCUCCCCACCUUCGACCGGACACUCAAACCUGUGAGCCCUAGUGGGAACAGCAACACCAUGGAUGGGAUGGUGGAUGGCAUCCGGCAGCUGGCAGUGCCCUCAGAGCUCUGCAGCAGCUUCCUCAGGCUAGCUGAGUCCAACACCAGCCGAGCUGUGGAGACCUGUGGCAUCCUCUGUGGCAAACUGCUGAGGAAUGCGUUCACAGUGACCCAUGUGAUCGUGCCGAAGCAGAACGGAGGGCCAGACUACUGCGACACGGAGAACGAAGAGGAGCUGUUCCUGAUCCAGGACCAGUAUGACCUCAUCACCCUGGGCUGGAUACAUACCCACCCCACCCAGACAGCAUUCCUGUCCAGUGUCGAUCUCCACACACACUGUUCCUACCAGCUCAUGAUGCCGGAGGCUAUCGCUAUUGUCUGCUCACCCAGGUUCAACGAGACGGGCUACUUCAGGAUAACAGACCGUGGGAUGGAUGAGAUCUCAACGUGUAAACAGAAAGGUUUCCACCCUCACAGCAAAGACCCUCCUCUCUUCACUGGAGCAGGACACAUCACCGUCACCGAGGACAGAGUCACCAUGUUGGACCUGCGGUGAUCACCUCUGGACUGGGGAUCUACACACCGAACGCUGGUUGGCUGGCUGACUGACUCUAUUUGUUUAUUAGGAUCCCCAUUUAGCUUUUUAAGAAGAAGCAGCAGCUACCCUUCCUCGGAACCAUAAAAAUCACAAACCAUGACAAGUAACUGAUAAAGUUGACUGGCUGACCUUCCUGGCCAGCUGACAUCUGGCUGAAUUUGGGGUUGCAUAAUUCUGGUAAUUUUCUUAAAAUUCUUGUGAAAUGACCAGGGUUCCAUGAAUCUUGGUUGGAGAUUUUCCAGGAAUAUUCCAACCAGGAUUUCUGGAUAAUCCAGGAAUUUGGAGAAAGACUGUUAAAAGACAGAGACAUCUUACUUCUAAACCCAUUGUUCUACCCAUCAGUACAGACAGUGGGUUCAUUAAGGAACCUCCUGCUCUCACUGUCCUCCGUUGAACUAAAGCAGACCGCUUCUCGUAGGGGGAAGGACAACUCUCCUGGUCCACUCCCACUUUUCUGUCUUAGUCACCUCUGGAAUAAAACUCUGUUUUGAAAUAAAGACUAUCACUCCAUAAAGCUCUGCUAGGCUUGCUGCCAACAGUCCGUUUAUGAUUUCAUAUCCUUUUUGAUGGUUUUCUGCUUUUUUUUUGCUCAGAGCUUACCUGUCUCACAGACUGGCUACCUGUCUCACAGACUGGCUACCUGUCUCACAGACUGGCUACCUGUCUCACAGGCUGGCUACCUGUCUCACAGGCUGGCUACCUGUCUCACAGGCUGGCUACCUGUCUCACAGGCUGGCUACCUGUCUCACAGGCUGGCUACCUGUCUCACAGGCUGGCUACCUGUCUCACAGGCUGGCUACCUGUCUCACAGGCUGGCUACCUGUCUCACAGGCUGGCUACCUGUCUCACAGGCUGGCUACCUGUCUCACAGACUGGCUACCUGUCUCACAGGCUGGCUACCUGUCUCACAGACUGGCUACCUGUCUCACAGGCUGGCUACCUGUCUCACAGGCUGGCUACCUGUCUCACAGGCUGGCUGGCUACCUGUCUCACUGGCUGGCUGGCUACCUGUCUCACUGGCUGGCUGGCUACCUGUCUCACUGGCUGGCUGGCUACCUGGCUGGCUACCUGGCUGGCUGGCUGGCUGGCUCAGAUCAGAGAGGAUCUAUAGGCAAUGUGAGAAUUUUUCCUACAAAACUGUCUCGUGUUGCACAUGGUUUCCGUUUCAUUCAUUUAUUAUGAGCUGUCCUCCCCUCACCAGCCUCCGGGGGUGUAUAUGGUCUGACAGGGCAUGCAGACCUAACAGUCUAACCUAAGGAAAAUGCCAAGGAGAACUGAGACGAUGACGCCGUAUGUCUCUUGAUUUCCUCCCAGUUUGUGAUCGUCAUAAUAAGAUGACUUUAACAGCUGCACUCUCAUGGACAACAGAUAGAAAUACAACGAGAGGCAUGCCUUUUCAGUACCAUCUAUUUGAUCUGGAUCUUCCACAAGGACGAGGGGGAUGUCGCCCCCUAGAUGCUGAUUUGGCAGUUUCCCCACGAAUAGGUUAAUGUUAUGUUUGGGGAGGCUGAUUCCAGACCUGUAGCACGGAGCGUUCCACAACGUUGUGUGUUUGAACGCAGCAUCCAUCUAGUGCUUAUGAAGGGACCUGUAUACUUUGUGUCUGUUUAGACAGCAGUUGAAGAAAUGGGUGAAAAGGCAGUUUGAAUGCGUAUAACUGUUGGACUAAUGCCGUCCCGUGUGAUUAAUAACUGUAUGUUCAUACUUCUCUCUGUCCUAUUAAUGACUUGUCAGGCUGCUGUAGAUGGUUCUCAAUGUGUUCAGCUGUGAUUUAAAUGGCUCUGUUCCAGUAUGGCCAUGUCACAGGCUUUAAUAAAGGGGAACUUCCCCAUUUGAAUAUUGCUUCUCUUGCUUUCCCAAAUAUAUCCACUAGGGGGAGACAAAUAAUAGACAAUGUUUUGAGGUUUGCUCUCUGUCCACCCCUUCUCAAUUCAAUUCAAAGGGCUUUAUUGGUACGGGAAACAUAUGUUAACAUUGCCAAAGCAAGUGAAAUAGAUUGUAAACAGAAGUGAAAUGAACAAUACAAAUUAACAGUAACCAUUACACUAAAGAGUUCCAAAAGAAGAAUGCAUUUUCAAAUGUCAUAUUAUGUGUAUAUAUAUAUAUACCAGUGUUGUGAUGAUGUGCAAAUAGUUAUUAAAGUAGUCGGUUUUUGACAGAGAA